AUGCUGGGCGCGCAGCCUCCGCGCGGGGCGCCGGCGAGAGAGCGCUGGUUCGGGGCGGCGGCGGCCGAGCCGCUCGCGAGAGCCUGGCGGGGCGGCUACGGCGACCCUGACGAGGGCGGCGCCCCAGCGAGAGAGCGCUGGGCCGGAGCGGCCGCGGCCGAGCCGCUCGCGAGAGCCUGGCGGGGCGGUUACGGCGACCCUGACGAGGGCUGCGCCCCAGCGAGAGAGCGCUGGCUCGGGGCGGCGGCGGCCGAGCCGCUCGCGAGAGCCUGGCGGGGCUGCGGCGACCCUGACGAGGGUGGCGCCCUCGCGAGAGCCUGGCGGGGCGGCUGCGGCGACCCUGACGAGGGUCGCGCCCCAGCGGGAGAGCGCUGGGCCGGGGCGGCGGCGGCCGAGCAGCUCGCUGGGAGCAGGUCUUGCGGCCUCGGCGGCCCUGUCGAGGGCGGCGCCCCAGCGCCCAGCGCCUACAUGUCACGCAGCACGGAGGCAGGCCCAUGGUAUUGCAAAUGGUGCAAGCAUGAGCCUACGGGAACGAGCUGGAUCAACCUUGGUGAUCAGAAGUGGUGUGGCAAGUGUGGCAUCCCGAAAGGUUCCGCUUUCUACGGGGUGCCCCCGCCCAAGGUCCCAGUGCAGCGCUCUCAUGAACUGGCCACGAAGCGUGAGAAGCUCCUCACUAAGCAGUUGGAAGAGUUGCAGCAGCGCAUGCAGAAGUUGGUUGGCAGUCAUAAUGGUACGGAGUUGGAGUCCAAGGAGCCCGCUAUUCCUCCCUGGGCUAAAGGCACUGGAGUGGCGGUCAAGCGUGAGCGCCUCACCAAGCUUGGCAGCCUGCUCAAGCUCCUGUCGGGGCCUGAGGACGCCGAGCAGCGUGCGGUGUAUGAAGCCGAGAAGCAGCGCUUGCAGGCCGAGCUUCAGGCCGACAAACCUAUCGAGGCCAAUCUGCAGGGGCUCACCAGUCAGCUCAAGACCGCUCGCACGAAGCUGUCCAGCAUCGCUGUCAAAAAAGAGGCUGCUCGUGCGACGCUGGAGAAGGCCAAGCUGGCCCUGGCGCAGGUCGAGCAGGACGAGCAAGUUGCUAACAAACACAUCGUGGAGCUUGAGGAGAGGCUGCGCCAUGUGGUCGGUCCCGCGGUGCAGUUCGAUGACAAGUCACCGUCUCUGUCCACAUUCUUGCCAGGCAUGGAGGCCACGGUCGAGCAGUUCGACGCCGUGGUCCGUGCGCUGGGCGGUUCGGAGCGGUUCAGCACAGACCUCGUCGCCAUGCGCGCGCUGGUGCAGAAGUUCAAGGAAGCCCCAGAGGUUGCAGCUGCACCUGAACCGCCUCAGCACGAGACUCAGUCCACUCCUCCUGAGGCUCGAGAAUCCAUGGAUAUCGACGAUGAUGAAGAUCAGGAUCGUGCUAAUGCUCACGUCGAUGGCCUGGACGGUCGCACAUGCCGUGAGCAUCUCAAAGAGUGCGGUAUCGAUGUCGACGUGGGCGGGGAUGAUGACGAGAUUGACGACACUAAGGAGCGUGAGCUUCGUGACAAGCUCAAGCGUCAUUUGGCCCAAGUUCACUCGCUUACCAAGAAGUUCAAGACCAGUGGUGCGACCGCUGCGUAA